UACUGUACAAAAUACAAAUCCCCACACACAGCAACUCCUUCUGACUUUCUCUCUUCCCUCUUACAAAGAAAUAUCAAAUCCACAGUUUCUUUUUUGCUUUCCGUGUACCACCAGAAACAGACACCUUAACCUCCUCAAAAUUCUUAAAAUUAUAGUAAACCCCAUAACCCUUCAUCCUCCAGAAUCCCCCUACAAAAAUUCCUCUAUUUUCGUUUCUCCAUUUGUCAUACCUUUAUACUCAAAUUAGUAGUACUAGCACACGACUAUACUCACCAAUUACUUGUUAAUUAAUUGCCUCUUUCAUUACGUUAAAGUUUUAUCAAUCCAAUAAACAGAUAGAGUAGAAAAGAAGGUUCGGAACAAGGUUGACUGAGACCACCAACCGACUCCUAGACUCGAUUUUUCUAUGGAUGCUAAUGUUUCGUCUAAUCCAAUAAGCACAUAGAGCUGAAGAGAAGGUCCGAAACAAGGUUGACUCGACUGCUCGACACAAUUUUUCUUUGUUUUUAGUCAUGGGUGCUAAUGCUUCUUGUAUUGACUCGCGAAAAGAUGGAUUAAAUAACGAGUCAUUAAAGCGUAAGCUCGAGGAUAUACCCGAGGCAUGUGUUGCUUUAGUAUUGUCAUAUUUGGACCCGCCGGAGAUCUGUAAGUUGGCUCGUAUUAAUCGGGUCUUUCGUGCCGCUUCUUCUGCUGAUUUUAUCUGGGAAUCCAAGUUGCCGUCAAAUUACAGAUAUUUACUUGAGGAGGUACUGGGCAUGAACGUUGCCGGCAUGCAUAAAAAGGAUAUCUUUGCUAGGCUUUCCAAGACCAAUUCCUUUGAUGGUGGCACAAGGGAAAUGUGGAUUGACAAGAAUAAUGGAGGAGUUUGCUUGGCAAUUUCUUCAAAAGGAAUGACCAUUACUGGUAUCGAUGAUCGGAGAUAUUGGAAUCACAUUCCGACUGAAGAAUCAAGGUUCCAAACUGUCGCAUAUCUUCAACAAAUGUGGUGGCUCGAAGUCGAUGGGGAUCUUGAAUUCCAAUUCCCAGCAGGAACAUAUAGUCUAUUCUUUAGACUUCAGCUUGGCAGGGUGGCGAAGAGACUAGGGCGUCGAAUAUGUAACACCGAUCACGUUCAUGGCUGGGAUUUGAAACCGGUACAGUUCCAAUUAACGAUGCCAAAUGGCCAACGUGCCAUAUCGCGAUGUUAUUUGGACAAUGUAGGUACAUGGACACAUCACCAUGUGGGAGAUUUUGUAGUCGAGGAUCCCACGGUCGUGACGAAAAUAAAAUUUUCACUGAUACAGAUAGAUUGUACACAUACUAAAGGUGGUCUUUGUGUAGAUUCCGUUUUCGUUUGCCCUAUUAGUUUAGGUAAAGAGUUGAGAUCUUUUAAUAGUUUGAUAGUCACCAAAUGAUCAAUUUGUAGACCAGAAUGUUUUUGCCUAGAGUAGAGAAAUCGGUAUGUAUAGUUUUCUCCCACAAUGUCCUUAAUUUUUAUUGUACACAUGCGUGGAGAUUGAUGGUUGAUUGGUAGUCUAUUUUUAGUCAGAAUUACAGUAGGGCUCUCUUUGGUGUC